AUUGUAACGAGUCCGAAAGUAGGCCACGCUCCUCCGGAACGUCAUCGUUACGUCUGACGUCAGCGCGUCAGCUGGCCGAAUGUUUACAUCCAGAGGUGGUGGUGCGUUCCUGGAGCCUCAACAACAAAGCGGCUGAACAAACGGAGAGGAGCGAGGACGGAGAGGACACACGGAGGGAACAACGAGCCCUGUUUUCACCCAGUCAGGAUGGGGGGAGCUGUGAGUGCCGGCGAGGACAACGACGACUUGAUCGACAACCUGAAGGAGGCGUACUACAUCCGCUCAGACCUGGUGGAGCGGGCUUUCCGAGCCAUCGACCGGGCCGACUAUUACCUGGAUGAAUACCGGGAUAACGCCUACAAGGACCUGGCAUGGAGACACGGGAACAUCCAUCUGUCCGCUCCCUGCAUCUACUCUGAGGUGAUGGAGGCGUUGGAUCUCCACCCCGGCCUCUCCUUCCUCAACCUGGGCAGUGGGACCGGCUACCUCAGCACCAUGGUCGGCCUCAUACUAGGGCCGUUUGGAGUGAAUCACGGAAUAGAGUUACAUGCCGAUGUAAUCGAGUACGCCUACCAGAAGCUCGACUCCUUCAUUAAAACCAGCGACAGCUUCGACAAGUUUGAGUUCUGUGAGCCGUCCUUUGUUGCUGGUAACUGCCUGGAGAUUCCUCCAGAGAGUCGUCAGUACGACAGAGUUUACUGUGGGGCCGGCGUGCAGAAGGAGCAUGAGGAUUAUAUGAAGAACCUGCUGAAGGUCGGGGGCAUCCUGGUGAUGCCUCUGGAGGAAAAGUUGACCAAGAUCACCCGUACAGGAGCGAGCAGCUGGGAGACCAAAAAGAUCAUCUCGGUGUCCUUCGCCCCUCUGGUUCUGCCUAAACACAGCACCAACGGAAAACCCAAGACCGUCCCACUGCCCAAGUACGAGGUGCGGACUUUACAGGAACUGGCCCGCGUCUGCAUCCGUCACACCCUCAGGGUGACCACGGAGGGGGGGGACGCCCACUCGCGUGGCCGGGGCUCGUCCUUCAGCGUGGGGAGGGGUCUGGCCGUGGCCGGCCUCCACAAGUACGGACCUCGCUUCAAGCGCAGGCGCGUCCACCGGCGCCACUGCAACGCCCUGGUCCUCGCCACCCGGCAGGUGGUGGCCAGCAGCGGGAUAGGCUCCUCCCCCCUGGACGGCAACAACAACAACAGCAGCCAGGGGGGGCGGGCGGAGGCAGAGGAGGAGGCCGGAGACAGGGAGGCCAGGCGGCAGAUGAGAGGGAGCAGGAGGGCGGGGAGAGGAGUGGGAGGAGGAGGAGGAGGAGGGGGAGGGGCCGUGGUGGUGGAGGAGGAGGAGACGGUGGUGGAGGAGGAGGAGGAGGAAGAGGAGCAGGAGGAGGAGGAGGAGGAGAAGGAGACGGGCGAGCUGCUCCGACCACAGCCGGCCGUCAACAUCCUGAGGGAGAGGAUCCUGGGGCUGCCGCUGCCCGAGCCCCUGAAGAUGUACCUGCUGUUCUACAGAGAGAAAUGAGGAGGGGAGGGGGGGGCGGGGCGGGACCAGGUUCCUGAGUUAGAGCCCCGGAGCUGGAGUCCUGCAGGGGCCACGUAAAAACCCGCCCCACCACCUGUACAGGGCAGGACGACACACCCACCCCAGCUCCACCAACGGGACUCUCCAUCAUCCUCUGUCCCGCCCCCUGGUCUUUACCUGACGCUGUGAAGGCUCAGCUGUGUUCAUCCAGCGGAGGAGGGAGGGGGGGUGGGAGGAGGGAGGGGGGCAGGGGGGGGGGGUUUAACUGUACUUUGGGAGUGUUUGCGGAUCCCUUUUGAGGUGCAAAGAAACAGAAACUGUAAUACCUACUACACAUACUACACACACACGUUUUUGUGAAUUAGCCGUACAGCUUUGACUAAACCUACUAACCGAGCGUCGCCUAGCAACAAGCCACCGCUGCACUGAUGCUGCUUCCACGGCGACGGGGCGACUCGCUGGUGCUGAGGGUUUGAUUUAGUCUGCAGCCACAGGGACCAGAUGUCAGAGACUGUAGCAGCCGGUAGGACGAGCUGCUUCCCCACCGACCAGGACCAGGACCAGGACCAGGACCGGGACCAGGACCGAGGUUUCUGUCCACUCAUAGGAUUCUGGUCUGAGUGGUGCUACGUAUUAGCAUGUUUCUGGGACCGGGUCUAGUUUUUACUACAACGUGGCUACAAUGUGUGUUUUUUUCCAAGGAUUUCCAAAUAUAACGGGAGCUUUUCACCGAGCCGCCCCCUCCCUCUACGUUAGAUGCAUAAAACACACACAGAAAAAAAAAUCAUUCCACCUUUAUUUCAGCUUCCUCAUUAACGGCUCUUCUGUUUUUAAGGAGAUAAACGGUGACUGUUAGAGGGUUUUGCAUCUUUCUUCAUUUCUGCAUAAAAAAACUUGAGUCACAGCAUCAGUAGAUUUUCACACGGAUCCUUAAAGUAGACGAAGAGAACCCGAUUAAACACGUGAAACACAAACGUCAUACUUGUGUAUUUAUUUAUUAAA